AGCUUCAACAUGACGAAGAAAAGGAAACAUCAGGAGGAUUUUCACAAAGUGAAGCUGAAAGUGGGGAAAAAGAAGCCUAGACUAGAAAAUGCCACUGACACAAACUUCAAAACAAAGGCUAUACAUAUUCCUGAGCAGCUUAGAGAGGACCCAAUACUUCCAACAAACAACAGAAAGCUCAACAUAAAGGAUCUCCUCUCACAAAUGAACCACUAUAGUGCAGGAGUCAAACAAAGUGCGCUUUUGGGGCUCAAAGAUCUGCUGUCCCAGUAUCCAUAUGUAAUUGAUGCACACCUUUCAAAUAUACUGAGUGAGUUGGCAGCUGUGUUUACAGACAAGGACUCUACUGUAAGAGCAGCAGCAAUCCGCCUCCUUCAGUUUCUGGCUCCAAGAAUACGAGCUGAGCAUAUCUCUCCAUUUUUUCCUUUGGUGAGUGCCCAUCUCUCCAGUGCUAUGACUCACAUCAGUAAAAGAAUUCAGGAAGAUUCUUUGAAAGUGUUGGACGUUCUGUUGGAGGAAUACCCUACUCUUUUGAUGGAUCGCAGUAGUGUGUUGCUGAAUAACUUUGUAGAACUUAUCUCACAUCAGCAAUUGUCAAAAGGACUGAAAAAUAGAGAUAAUAUUUCCUGGAUGCUGUCUGUGUGUCCUAAUCGUAGGAUAACUUCCCAACAGUGGAGGCUGAAUGUGUUGCUCAGACUCCAAAAGUUCCUCCACGUUUUGGUAGAUGGAUCCAGUGAAUUGGACAAUGAUGGGCUACAAGAAGAAAAUAGCAACCCCCAAAUGCCAAAGAACUUCUUAAACAUUAACUGGCAAGACCUUGCCAAGGGCCAGGAGCACAUCCAGUUGUAUGAAAAUGGGGGCUCACAACCCAGAAUCAAUUCAUCAUUCCGGCUGAGAUCUUUGGUGAGUGUAACAAGUAGUGCUGAAAAAGGUCUGUCAUCCCCUGAAAAUUUGAAAAGGUUUAUUGAAAUAAUAAUUCCAUUGCUACUUGAUUGUUGGAUUGAAGCAUCUCCUACGCAAGUUGCAUCUCCUAUUGUUGGAAAUCUUUUGGAACCAGGAUCUCUGCAGCUCAUGGAGCAAGUCCUUAGUAUUAUACACUUAUUGUGGAAGUUUGCAAGGCAAAAUGAAGAGCCACAGCAAAUGGAAGUGUGGCUUCGAGCAAAUUACCUGGUUGAUUUCAAGCACCAUUUCAUGUGUCAUUUUCCUUACUCCUUCAAAGAAACAAUCAAGUACAGAAAGAAAGAUUCCUUGAAAAGCAACAAGUACUACAAGACACCUUCAAAUAAUAUUGACCAUCUCUUAUUAAAUUUGACCUUAUGUGAUAUUAUGGUCUCAUUGGCAAGUUCUUCUACACUUCAGAUGGAUUCUCAUUGGCUAGACAUGAUUAGGAAGUUUGUGAUAGAGACGCUUGAAGAUGGCUAUAAGUUAAACUCUAAACAGUUGACCAGUUUGCUGGGAGUGACUUGGAGACUAUGGCAGGUACAGAUAAGCAAAGUGACUUCUGAAACACUAAUGAAAGCUGUUUACACACUCUACCAACAAAGAAAUCUUCCUUUCUCUGUACGUACAUUGCUUCUGAAUUUUUUCAGCAGAGUUUAUCAAAAGGAAGAGUUGAACACUCAGGGAAACAGAAGCAGAAGUAAAGUAUUAAUGCGUUGGCUGGCUGGUCUCCCUCAACAGCUUGUUCUCCUUGGUUUGAGAAACCCAGAGCUUUCAGACCAGCUUAUUGGAACUAUUUAUUCUGCUGCAUCUCGAGCAAACAAAGAAAUGCUACAGAGUUUACAAGCUGCUGCUCCUCGGAUUUAUGAUCCACUAGAUGGUGCUGUGGCUCUUCUCCCAGCUGAAUCGCAACAGCGUUUAGUCCAGCUUGUUUACUUUUUGCCACAUUUACCAGGCAAUCUGCUUUCUUCUCUGAGUCGCUGCUGCAUUAUGGGAAAACUGUCUGUGAAGUUAUCUGCCACCCUUAUUGGGAUAUUGCAUAUGAGAUCACCUUUUGUGGGAGGGAAAUAUCCAGUGCAAAGCUCUGUGACUGAUGUGGACUACUUCAGCUUCUUAUUUUCAACUCUUACAGGCUUUUCCAAAGAAGAGCUGACCAGCCUGCAGAGCAUUAGAGGGAGGCCUCACAUAAGCCAAACACAACUGUCUCCUGUCCAGCUCUAUCUGACAGAUCUGGAUCAGUUUUUAUAUCACUGGGCUGUGACUGAGAUGGUGAGCCAAUGCCUGUCUGCCGUACCUUCUCGAAGCCAGUGUAUAGAUAUUGUCCAAAGUGGCAUUUGUAACUACCUGGCAGGGCUGACUGUAAUACCUGACAGCACGGCUGGAUCUGUUUUGUGUGCCAUUAGUAAGCUCUUGGAUCAAGCGUGUCUCCUUAAUGAAACUCUCUCCAAGUUCCUGGCUUCUUUGUGCUGCAGCCUUCUUUACCUCAUCCUAACGAUAGAGAGAGAAGACGAAGAACACCUGCAGAAGAGGGAUGUACUGUGGGCUUCCUGUAUUUCGCUGCUAACCACCCAGCCUCGAGUGUUGCGGCUGAUGUUGCAGAGUCUUCAAGUGAGCAGAGUCCAUCGGGAAGAGCUGCCUGUCCUCGCCCAGCUCCUUCGGUUGUUAAUGCAACAUGGGCAGCUUCGAAGUCAUAUGGUGACCAAUGAGUUCCUGGUGAAACAGAUUGUCAAGGAUAUCAUGGCGCUGAAGAGUGGCGAUGCCCAGGAGCAGUGGCUGACAGACCUUCAUUACUAUUCCAGCGUCUGCCUUGCCUCUCGUCCCCAAGGAACUGGUGCCGUUAACACGGUAUAUUAA